AUGCGCUGGCGCACAUCCAACGCCUACAAUAUGCCGCCGACGAGACUUGUAGUCUGCAAUUCUGCAUAUCACCAAAGGCAGAAUUUACCAACAACAUGCAAGUCGCCGUUUUUCCCCGGUGUGGAGGAAGCAGCGGGACCGGGCGGUGCGGCGGCGGGGUCGCCCGCGGGUCCCGACCAAUCACAAGACGUGGUGACGAGACUUAGCGCCGCGGGUCUAUCGAUGUGUGUGAGCGCGCUCGGCUCGCCGGCCAGGUCGUCGCCAGUGUCCGCUGGCUCUGAGCACGGCGAGAGGUUCAGUCGGAAGGUGUUCGUUGGAGGUCUACCGCCCGACAUUGAUGAAGACGAGAUAACCUCGUCGUUCCGGCGGUUUGGGCCUCUGGUUGUGGACUGGCCGCACAAAGCAGAGAGCAAAAGUUACUUUCCGCCCAAGGGUUACGCGUUUCUACUAUUUCAGGACGAGAGCUCUGUGGCUGCCUUGAUGGAGGCGUGCAUCACCGACGACGACAAGUUGUACUUGUGCGUGUCGUCGCCGACGAUCCGCGACAAGCCGGUGCAGAUCCGGCCGUGGAAGCUCGCCGACGCGGACUUCGUGCUGGACGCGAGCAUGCCCCUGGACCCGCGCAAGACCGUGUUCGUGGGCGGCGUGCCGCGCCCGCUCAAGGCCGUGGAGCUGGCUAUGAUAAUGGACCGGUUGUACGGCGGCGUCUGUUACGCCGGCAUCGACACUGAUCCCGAACUGAAGUAUCCAAAGGUGGAGUAUGGAAAUCAUUGUAAUGUAUUCACGGUAGUCGAUCUCUUGAUUGGUGAAGCCGUACGUGCUGGACGACCAGAUGUGCGACGAGUGCGCGGGCGCGCGCUGCGGCUCCAAGUUCGCGCCGUUCUUCUGCGCCAACGUCACGUGUCUACAGUACUACUGCGAGCACUGCUGGGCGACGAUCCACUCUCGUCCCGGGCGCGAGUUCCACAAGCCCCUGGUGAAGGAGGGCGCCGACCGCCCGCGCGCCGUGCCCUUCCGCUGGUGCUAGUCCGUCUACACUACACUAUACACUACGCUAGCGGGGACGCGCGACUGGUCGACGGGGAUACACUACCAGUCGCGGGGAUGCAUUACUGGACGCGAGGGAUAGACGACUAGUCGCUGGGAUAUAUAACUAGGCGCGGUGGGCACAUUACUAGCGAGGUAAUAGAUGACUAGUCGCUGGGAUAUAUGACUGGCAGAGGGAUAGAUGAGUGCUGCUAAAACGAGGCACUUAGUGUUGCUGAGCUG